AUGCUGUCCGCGCCCGCCAUGGCAUGCCGUGGCCGCUCGCGCUCGCUCGCCGGGGCGCUCUCCCACGCCCUGCUCCUGUCCAGCCGGCGCCGCGCCUUGCCGCACUUUUUCUGCCCCGCCGCCGCGCGCCGCCCGCCCCCCGCCCUGCCAGCGCCGCGCCCAGCCGUGCCCCUGCACGCGCGCGCCGCCCCGCCCCCGCCCCGCCAGCGCCAGCGCCACACCCACCCCGCCCGCUCCACGCCCGCGCUGCGCCCUGCCCGUGCCAGCGCCGCACCCCGCCCGCACCACACCCCGCCCGCGCACGCCGCGCCGCCGCCCGUGCCCCCGCUGCGGCCUGCCGGCCGGCGCGCGCCGGCCCGCCAGCGCCAGCACCGCGCCCCGCCCGCGCCGCGCCCCGCCAGCAACGCUCCCCGCCACGCCUGCGCCGGGCCAACCCGCACCACGCCCGCGUCGUGUCAGUCGGCGGCGCGGCUGCCGGGGUCGUGCGCCGGAGCGGUGCAGAAGAAUGAGAGAAAAGGAGGAGAGAGAGGGGGGUGGGUGGGUGGGCCCCUCUAUUUCAAUGAUUAG